AUGACGACGGCGCUCGGCCCGACGUGGGCCCCGGCCGAAGGGCGGCCAGGACAGGGCCCGGCACCCGCAUCUUCGCGCCCCUCGCAGAAGUUCUCGUCCAGGGAUCUCGCCGCCCACACCACUCUCAAGCCCAGGAGAGAAGGGCAAGAUACCCAAGAGGAGGUUCAGAGGAGGAACCUUCGGGAGGAACUGGAAGAGCGCGAGAGAAGGCACUUUUCUUCCAAGGACAAGUCCUAUGCAGAAGAUAGAGAUCGCAGGAAAGGAGGCAGUACUGGGCAUCUUCUUUUGGAAGGGACAAAGAGAGAGGUUGAAGAGCGGAUUAUUGCACGAAAUGUGGAUGCUGAUGACUCAGAUGUGGAUGUGAAGAGUGACGAUGAAAGUGAUGACGAUGAUGAAGACGAAGAUGACACUGAAGCCCUACUGGCUGAACUUGAAAGGAUUAAAAAAGAACGAGCUGAGGAGAAACUUCGGAAGGAACGCCAACAACAAGAAGAAGAUCUUAAGGCCAAAGAGGCUGAAUUGAUGCGGGGAAAUCCUCUAAUCAAUAUUAAUAAUGCUGCUUCCUUCAGUGUCAAGAGAAGGUGGGAUGAUGAUGUCGUCUUUAAGAAUCAGACUCGUGGUGAAGCGAAGGCCCCAAAACGUUUCAUAAAUGAUACUAUCAGGAGUGAUUUUCACCGCAAGUUUCUGCAGAAAUACAUGAAAUAGUUCUUUCUAGGGAGCGGUCUCGCGGAUGUUUUAAUUGUCAUGUUUGCUUUUGUAUCGUCAUCAAGCUUUACAUGUAAUGAUACCAUCAGGAGUGAUGUUCUAAUUCUAUGAUUGGAUAUGCUUGGAUGAGUUUAUUUUACUCGCCGUGAGAUAUGUUUAUUUGCUGUCUUUUCAUUUAAUGUUAAGUUGAUAGAAGUGGACAUGCUGAA